AUGGGAGAUUCUCAGCAUCCCGUCUCGGAGGUCACUUCUGCACCUAUUCCUCCGCUACCGCCGCAGAGCUUCGGAGAGCCCAUUCCUGCAUUUAAUGCAGCGCAGUUUAACCCGUUUGAGCCGACGUUUCCCACGGGUUAUGAUUUCACGGGAGAUCCUUAUUGGCUAGCCUCGGGCUACAACUCUCUCCAGCAGGAGAACACUUUUGGAGGUCCCUGGGCUACGGGACCAUCGACUUUUGGUUUCCCACCACAGGGAUACCAGCAGCCACAGCCACAACAGUAUCAGCCUCCACAGCCACCACAGUACCAGCCACCGCCGCCGGCGCCUAUGAUGUCGCCGCCACAGGUCCAAGAGAUCCUGCAAGGGAUCAAUGAUGUGCGGCGUGAGCUGAGACAUGAGAUGAGAGAAGAUCGCCGCCAUAACCGCGGGAUGUUCAAGAAAAUGGUGGAUUUGAUAAAGGGUAAGGGUAAGAAGGAUUAUUGA